AUGGUUUUCCGUGGCAGCGAUCCUGGGCCCGAGAGGUCGGCUGGGCGCAGCCACACACGGCGGCCGGCCAGGCUGUACGUUGCUUCGGCGUCAAGGCACGGCACCGAGGCUGCGUCUAUGUCCCGCGGAAGGUUGCACGCAACACCCUUGGCAAGGCGAGGCGGAGCCAUUCAGACGAGACGCUCUUGUUACCACCAUUUGUGUCAGCAACGGAGCUGCGCAUCCUCUUCAGGUUGGACUAUGCCAACACAAUGCGCAUGCUGGGAGUUCGCAGCCAGUUCGAUGGACAAAAAAUAUUACUGGAAGGACCUGGAGGGCCGUGAAUUCGAGUCGACGUCCAAGCGUAAGGUUUUGGUCCCCUUUGAUAUGGCCGCCGGUCCCUUGCAGGCUUUCGGAUACUCGCCCAAACUUGUGGAUGUGGAGCCAGACUGGGACAGCCUGAGUGGGACUGCAAAGGCGGUGCCCGUGGUAGCUGUGUUGGGACACAUCGAUCACGGCAAGACCACGCUUCUUGAUGCUAUCUGCGGCACGAAUGUGGCCGAGAACGAGCCAGGCGGAAUAACGCAGGAUGUGAGAGCGAUGACGGGCUUCGUGGAGGCAGCCGUGGAGUUGGACACAGUGAAAGGCCGGCGAGGAGGGCUUGACCUGCAGGUUGCCGGCGCAGGAUCGGAACAAGGAAAAAGUUCUGGACGAAUGACGUUCCUCGACACCCCGGGCCACGCUGCGUUCGAACUCUCGCGAGGCCGAACAAUGGCUGCUGCAGACGUUGCCCUGGUCGUGGUUUCUGCGGAGCGGGGUGCGGAACUUCAGACUGAGGAGGUCCUGAUGCACGCGUCGAGAUGGAAGGUACCCAUUGUCUUUGCGCUCAACAAAAUCGAUCUUCCAGAUUGUAACCUGGAGCUUACGCGAGCCGAGCUUCGCCGGCAGUGCCAGCUCCUUCAUGAGCACGGCCUGGUCGAUGUGGACUUGACGCGCGAGGCAGAAGAUGCCAUCCCGAUCUCGGCUUUGUACCGGCAGAACCUGGAGGCCCUAAUCGCGAAAGUGGAGGCUACGGCGGGUGGUCUGCCCCAGUUACCAUUGCGACCGGCGCAACCCCUCACGAUCACGCCUGGCGAGGCGCAAAAUUGCAGGCAUGUGCCGCGCCGAACAGACUUCCUGGUCGGGGUUGACGCAGCGCCCACUGCUGUGGCAUUGAUCUUGGAGGUCUCCAAGGCCGGUGAGGAGCAAGGCGAGAUGGUGCUGACUGCCCUCGUGCGGAUGGGGCGCCUCGUCGUCGGUCAGUUCUUCGUUGCCGGGACUGCGUUCGGAAGGAUAACGAAUCUUUCAGUAGCCACUGGGCUAGAGCGCAACCGGCUUUGGUUGAAGUGCGACCAUGCCAGUGUUGGGGUCGCCGUGCAGCUGACGGGUCUGCGCACGAGAAAAGUGGGUGGAGAUUGCGCUGUGGAUGACCUUCUAAUCGUGUUGCCUCGCGAGCGCGCCUGGCGCUUGUGUGAGCACCGGCAGCGGAUCGAGCAGCUCAUGCAAUGCCAGGUUUUCGGACCGCCCUUGGAGGUUGCAUGGGAGAACGACGCGCAGAUCCAGGCGCGGACACAAGCGGCCUUCGAGCGAGAGCAUGUCGAGAAUCCGGAGAAGCAUGCAGGCAGUGCUUACGACCGCCGUUGGGAUCAGCCGGCUGUGGAGGAGGUUUCUGGGUUGGCUCCAGCGUUCAGCAACACCUCGCGUCGCGAGUUUCAAUCGCCGUUCCAGCCCAGCUCCGGAGACUCUCAGCGAGCCCCACGUGAAGCUUCACCUCCCCGCCUCGCUUCACGCUUCCAGGUGCUACAGCCGAACGAAGACGACCAGGCCGCAGACGAAGGCCAAGCAGAUACCUCCGGAUCCGGUCGUGGGCGCCGAAGCAGCCGGCGGGUGGCAGCUUCAGGUGCAUGGAGUGCGGAUCCCGAAACCGUCCAGCCCGAGCGUGAGUUUAUUUACUACACCGACCGCCAGAGCUGGAACGAAGAGGCCGAGAUCGACACAAAGCGGCUACAGGCCCGGUGGCAGGGCCGUGAUCAGGAUCGUUGGGAGGAAGAUCGCCGCCAGGAGCAGAUGCGGCAGGAAGAGCGGGAAAUGGUCGAGCGCAUUCGCAGGGAGGCUUUUGGUGAGGUUGCGCCCGCGGAGGAUGAAGUGCCGGAGCAGGACUCAGGUGAUGAAGAAGGCCCAGCAGUGCCAUUGCCGCGGCGGAAGGUGCAAGUGAUCCCAAUCAUCCUCAAGACGAAGAGUGUAAGCCAGUUCGACAUGCUCAUGGAGGAGAUCGAUAGAGUUCAGGAGAGCUAUGGAGUUCGCAUCGUGAUCGUCCACGGAGGCCUUGGCCCCGUCAUCCCCAAGGACAUCGUGCACGCAGAAGUCGAGAAACGCUACGGCUACUGCCCCAUCUACGCCUUUCAGGUUGGUGCCAACCCAUCUGCAGUUGGACAGGCACAUGCUGAGCAGAUUGAGAUUCGCCGCUUUGACGUCUUCACAGAGCUCAUCGAUGACUUGACGGAGCGCUGUGAGCGCAUUCGCGAGAAGCGCAGCCUCGAACACUACGCCAAGGCUUUGCUUUGA